AAAACUAAGAAAUUAACCCACCCGCCUCCUGACCCUUUAAAUUAGCUCCAAAGUCCUUCAAAGCAUGAGACUAGCUUUCAAAACCGCUUCAGUAAGCUGCUGCAACCCUCUCUUUCUUCCCACGCUCCGUCGGACGUUCCAGACCCGCAAUCUUCCCGCCAAAACCCUAGGGCAAGCGCUAGGGUUUUACCCUUGCAGAGCAAUCAUGGCGGUGCCGUCUCGCCCGCCCGUACAAGUCAGGGACAACAUCCAACUCAAUGAAACCGAGAAGAAAAUCUUUGACCGGCUGCUCGGGACGCUUCGCCAUUUCGGCCUACAGAAUCAGCUUCGCGUUGCUGGCGGAUGGGUCCGCGAUAAGCUUCUGGGAAAGGAGUGCUAUGACAUUGAUAUUGCAUUGGACAACAUGUUGGGCAGCGAAUUUGUAGACAAGGUUCAAGACUACUUACUGCACGUCGGGGAAGAGGCUCAGGGAAUCGCUGUAAUUCCAUGCAAUCCUGAUCAAUCCAAACAUUUGGAAACCGCGAGGAUGCGCAUAUGUGAUACAUGGAUUGAUUUUGUCAACUUAAGAUGUGAAGAGUAUUGUGAGAAUAGCCGCAUUCCUACCGUGCAAAAAUAUGGCACACCCGAAGAGGAUGCGUAUAGGAGGGAUUUAACUAUUAACAGCUUGUUCUACAAUAUAAAUACCAGCUCAAUUGAAGAUUAUACCAAAAGAGGAAUUGAAGAUCUGAAAUCUGGUAUAAUAGUGACUCCCUUACCACCAAAGGCCACAUUUAUGGAUGAUCCGCUACGAGUUCUUCGAGCUAUCCGUUUUGGUGCAAGGUUUGGAUUCAUAUUAGAUGAAGAACUAAAGGAAGCAGCUGCCUGCGAUGAAGUGAAAGCUGCUCUUUCGGCUAAAAUUAGCAGAGAGCGUAUCGGCACUGAAAUUGACCUUAUGAUCUCUGGAAAUCAACCUGUCCAAGCUGUGGCCUACAUUAGUGAUUUGAAGUUAUUUUGGGUUGUCUUCAGUCUUCAUACGAAGCAUGAGCCUGCAGUAUCAGAAGGAUGUGACAGGCUUUGUGUUUCUUACUUGGAGGCUACAUGGAACCUUAUUCAAUUAAUUGGCCAGUCUACCUUUACUGAUGAACAAAGAAGGCUCUCUCUGUAUGCUGCUAUGUUCCUCCCACUUAGGAAAACCAUAUAUAAAGAUAACAAAGGAAAAAAGAUUCCUGUGGUGAACUACAUUUUCCGAGACUCCCUUAAGCGAAAAGCCAGUGAUGCAGAAACAGUUAUAAAUGUACACCAUGCGUUGGAGAAGUUUUUGUCUUUGAUUCCUUAUUUUGCAUCAAAUGAUGAUGCACUCGUUUCUGAAGUUAAUUGGGCAAGAGAAUCUGUUGAUGUACCUCUUACUUCAAAGCCCCGGGUACUGACAGGAUUUCUUCUACGAGAAAUUAAAGAUUUUUGGAGAGUUGCCUUGCUGAUGGCUACAUUGUUAUAUCCCCCCAACAAUGAUUGUACCGAAGAUCUUCUAAGUAAGAACUUUGAACUGGAAAGACGAAGAGCCUUAUUUAUAGCAGCUGAAGAUGCCAUACUUAAACUAGGUCUUGAUAAAGUUUGGGAUGCAAAACCACUACUGAACGGGAAGGAGAUCAUGAAUGUUUUGCAGCUUAAAUCUGGAGGACCACUUGUGCGAGAAUGGCAACAAAAAAUACUUGCAUGGCAGCUUGCUGACCCUUCAGGAACUGCAGAAGAAUGCCUUGAGUGGAUGAAGGAAACACAUUCGAAACGUUUAAAGACGGAAUGAUACUGAAAGCAAUUGCCUUGAGAAGUGCGGUUUUUCUAGCUCUGCUGGUGUUAUGGAUUGCUGAGAACAACAUCUGUAAAUUCGGAUCCUUGCAGCGAGCUACAUCCGGUUCCGGUUCACCAUUUACAGAAGCGACCAUGCUCAAGAGUUUGCAAAAGCACUAUGACAUUUGCCAAUAGUCAUCGUAAUGCUACCCUGUUAUAUUUUUGUCUUUCCGGUACGAAUAGCUGUAAUACAGAUGUUAGGAACUUAGGAACAUAGAGCAACUCUAACCCCGACCGUUCAUGUUUACAUCAAAUAUGUCAUUUGCUAACCUUGGUGAUAAUUUGAAGAAAUUUUACUACUGAAUUUUGUGCCUC